AAAUAAUAAAAAUAUAACCAUAGCUAUUAGGGCUUUAUCCUUUAUUCGUAUAGUUCUUUCUUACAUUGUUCGACCGAUCAAAGCCAUCCUUGCAUUUUGUUCGACCGGUCAAAGCUUUGCUCCUCCGAUUAGUGAUCUACUCCUCCGAUCAUCCUUCUCCACCAUCGUCCAUGGAAGUUCGGUAGUCAUCGUUCACCAGUCUUCAUCCUAGCUCCUUUAUUUUCUAGAACUACGGACAGUAAGGGCUUCAUCUUCAUCGCUGGUUUUACGUUGAUGGCAUAUCUUCUUCAUUUACAAGUUUUAGUUUGAUUUUGCGUGAGCCCUUGUUUGAAAAUUUGAUGGAAAUUUCAUCAACACCAUUGGAGAAUACAACAAGUUUCACUGCACCAAGUUAAAGCUUUUCUGGUUGGCUGCCUUCGAGAGAAAAGGCAAGAUACUUGGGGUGCAACCAAUCUCACGAAAGAUUUUUAUUUGCAAAGAAUACAACACUACAGUCUUUUCUUCUCAACUGUGAUCAAGCGUGGAUUGUGAAGGAAAGAAUCCAUACAUCUUUUCUUCUGGAAGAGGAAAGAACCGAAACUUCGUCGUACUACGAAGAGGAAAUGCUUAGGCCUUCUGUUGGACGUGGAAACCUCUUCUCCUUUUCCAAGAUCUUUAGACUAUUGGAUUCCAUUCAUAUCAAACUUUCUCAAGCCUGGAUCAAUCAUCUGAUAAAAAGGGGAGGUCAAACUUGUUUAUUGAAUCAAUGGGUGCUUCCAUGCAUGUACUGGCUAGUAGAUGCUUAUGCACAAGAGAGAGCAGCUGGAGCAAGAGAUGGAAACCGUGGUAAAUGUGUUGCAGCCUAGACCUUUAGGGAUCAUAGAGCACCAGUUCUCUGGUGAAGAGAUUUGCGAGGCGAGUGCUACGGUUCACAGAGCUGUGGAGAAUUGGCGACGAAAUGCGAAAUUGGAGCCAACAACUCACAUCUUAAAUGAUUACAUUAAGAAGUGAAAAGAAAAUACUAGCUAAAACCAUUUUCCAUUGAUGGUUCAAGAUUUUUAUUGUUUUGAGUCGAAGGAUAUAGAAGAUCUUGGUACCUAAUUAAAAUUUGUGUACAUCAAUGAAGUUUGAUUUCUGUUA